CUGUAUCUACCGCGUGCUGCAGUUCCUCUCUGUUUGCUCUUAUGAGACCCUUGCGCUCAGACGUCUUCACGGCCAGAAGAUCAAGCAAAGGUGCAGAAGGGCUUUCCCAUUUCACAUGGCCAUACACUGAGGUGUCUAAUGGACUCCAGCUCAGGGCUGUCCAUGUGAGAAGUGAAUCUGAGAAGACAAGGGCAGACACUUAAAGAGAGAGAAGAGUUUCCCACACAGCAUGGCCUCUGCCAAAGAUGAUGUCGUGGAUGAAAGAACGGUGGACAUUAAAGAAGAGGACUGUGAGUGGCUCACACCAGAGGAUGUGUGUGUGACGCUGGAGGAUCACAAAGAAAGAAUUUCAGUUUUUAAAGAGGAGGAGGAGUGCAAGGAGGUGACUCCUGCCAUUAAAGCUGAGGAUUUGAAUGAUUUCUCCAUUGCUCUUGAACUUCAAAAGCAUGAAGCUGAGGAUAUUUUCAAGCAAGAUGCCUGUGAAGAAUCUCCAUCCAGUGUGCAGCCCUGGUCCACUAAUUCGGGACGACUGGCUACGCAGGAGAAUUCUGUAGAGCUGAAAUCAGAGUUAUCAGAGUCUGAAGAGAAAAUCACAGAAGGAAAUGGGAGAGAAGGAGAAGAGUCACCUGGGAGUGUUGGAAUAAAUUUACAGAAGAAUGGCAGCUUCUCUCCGCCUUCAUUUGGUCAGCUCUGUCUUCAGUACAAAGAGAAAGGUAUGAAGAAAUCAGCAAGAGGAUCAGAGAACCUGACAGCAACCUUUUUUCAGUGCAGUUCUCUCCCUGCUACUUCAGUAACACAGACAGAAGCCAUCAAAACUGAUAGACAGCAAGUGGAGAAAGAAAUCCAAGUUCACACUGGAGAAAAAUGUUGUUUGGAAUGUGGCAAACAAUUCACACAGAAAGGUGAUGUUAAUAAGCAUAUGAAGAUUCACACUGGAGAAAAAACAUAUUGUUGUUAUGAAUGUGGUAAGUUUUUCUCCUGUAAAAUCUAUCUUCAGAGGCACAGAAUAAUCCACACAGGAGACAAACUUCAUUGCUGUCCAGAAUGUGGUAAAUCGUUCUUAAGGAGAAGCUGUCUUCAGAGGCACAGAAUAAUCCACACAAGAGAAAAACCUCAUUGUUGUCCAGAAUGUGGAGAAGCUGUCUUCAGAGGCACAGAAUAA